GAUGGUGAGAGAUGGAGGGAGAGAGAGAGGUAGAAAGAGAGAGAGAGGGCGAGGUAGAAAGAGAGAGAGAGGGAGAGAGACAGUUAUACUGCUGUAAAUGCUCAUGUCUGAUAAGUGGACCCCCGACGUGGAUCAUAUGUGACUGUUUCAUGUUUGAGUUUGAGUGUGCACUUUUCUGACAGAAAUACACAUAAAUAAGAAUAAAGUCAUUCUCCCCUCCUGGUUGUGUAUGGAUCUCUUGGAUGAUUUUCAGAAGUGUGAGAUAUAAGGUCUGUAAUGAGGAGUGUGAGAUAUAGCUCUGGAUAAGAGCGUCUGCCAAAUGCCAUUAAUGUAAAUGUAAAUAUAAGGUCUGUAAUAUGGAGUGAGACAUAAGCUCUGUAAUGAUAAGUGUGAUAUAUAAGGUCUGUAAUGAUAAGUGUGAUAUAUAAGGUCUGUAAUGAUAAGUGUGAUAUAUAAGGUCUGUAAUGAUAAGUGUGAGAUAUCAGGUCUGUAAUGAUAAGUGUAAAAUGUGCUGAUGAAUGUGUUUCUGUUUCUCUGAAGCCGGUUUAAGGCCUCGCUGUGUGUGGAAGACAGCUCAAUGUUUCCUAAAGUUUUUCUUCACUGGUGCAUGACCGUGUCACGGUGUGCAGCUCACAUAGAGCCCAGGCGGCAGGGCAAAUUCCAGCCGUUCCGCAGGCUGUUCGGGAAGCGGAAGAAGAAGGAGUCGGAGCUUGGGGUGCAGGAGCAGCUCCGCGCCAGCCAGUCCAACAGAGACCUGAGCCAUGGGCUCACUGCAGAGGAUGAAGCAGCCUGCGGCCAACUGAGGGAUCUGAACAGUCGGUCUCUGUCACACGACAGCAUUUUUGUCCCAGACCCCCCUGGGGAGCCCAGGCUAGCCAUGUCCCAGGACAACGUCUCUGACAAAGUGAGAGACUUGCAGAGGCAGAUCGCCCACAGUAUAAAGUUUGGGCCAAAGCCCCACCCCUCCAGGGAGAGUGAUGGAAGCUCUGAUGAGGAAGACACGCCCGCAAGCCCCCUGCAGGUGGAGGCACAGGUGGAGGCACAGGUGGAGGCAGAGCCGGAGGUGGAGCCAGAGCUAACACAGCAGGGCGGAGCCUCAGCGGUGCGCCCCCCCCGAGUGAAGAGAGCCCCGCCCCCCGGCACCAUCGAGUCCAUAAACCUGGACGCCCUGCCCCUUCCAGGGCCCCGCCUCGACAGCUCCGCUGCCCGCCACAAGCUGUCCGUCAAACCCAAACACCAGCGCGUCUCGCGCAAGCACAGGAGAGCCGCCCAGGAUCUGCAAGAUGUGCUUCACCCUGAAGUUCUUCAGGAGCAGCCAGAACCACAGGCAAGAGCUCCCAGCAUGUCCUGGGGCCACGAGGACCAGUCGGACCACAAACUCCCCCAAGAGUCAAAGAAACAGAAACUACAGGAGGAAGAGAGAGAAGAGAGAGAACAGAGAGAGGUGGGGAGACGAAAAGAGGAGCAACAAAAGAUUGAGGAGGACAGAAACAGAGAAGAAAAGCAAAUUAAAGAAAAUAAGAAAGUAAGAGAGGAGGAGAGACAGAGAGAGGAGGAGAGAAAGAGAGAGGAGGAGCAGGUGGAGGAGAGAAAGAGAGUGGAAGAGAGACAGAGAGAGGAAGAGAGAAAGAGGGAGGAGGAGCAGCAGAGAGUGGAGGAGAGAAAAAGAGAAGAAGAGAGACAGAGAGAGGAAGAGAGAAAGAGGGAGGAGGAUCAGGUGGAGGAGAGAAAGAGGGUGGAGGAGAGACAGAGGGAGGAAGAGAGACAAAGAGAGGAGGCACAAAAGAUGGAGGAAGAGAGACAGAAAGAAGCGGAGCAAAAGAGAGUGGAGGAGAGAAAAAGAGAGGAAGAGAGACAGAGAGAUGAAGAGAGAAAGAGGGAGGAGGAGCAGCAAAGAGUGGAAGAGAGAAAGAGGGAGGAGGAGCGACAGAGAGUGGAGGAAGAGAGGCAGAAGAGAGUGCAGUGGGAGGAGGAAAUGGAGAAGCAGAGGAUGGGAGGACUGCAGGAGAACAGGGGGGGAGGAGAGGAGCGUGUGAGUGAGGCAGAGCUGCAGAUAGAGCAGGGACAGGGGGAGGGCAGCAGGCAGCUGCAGGCUGAGGAGCAGCGCUGGAGAGAGGUGGAGGGUGGGCAGCGACCCUUCACCUUUAAAGUGUCCUCUGGAGAGAAGCAGAUCCUGUUCCAGAAGGUCAACCUGACGCCUGUGAGCCCCGGCCAGCAGAGCUGCACCUCCGACAGCAGGGAGGCGCAGACUCCCACAGGAGGCGCGCUGUACGUGCCCCACACCGCCAUCCUGGUGACCGGAGCCCAGCUGUGUGGCGCGGCUGUGAACCUGGACCAGAUCCGAGACCCGGCCUGCAAGUCGCUGCUGGGCCUGGAGGACCGGAGGGCGGCGGGGCCCCCGGCCCGGGGCCCGGGCAGGACCAGGCUGAAGGAGAGCUGUGCGGAGCAGGCCGGCGCCUCCGUGCUGGCGGAGUGGGCCAGCAUCCGCUCCCGCAUCCUGCGCGGGGUGGAGGGCGCGCCGGAGGCUGGGAGAGACAGGGAGGCGCGGCCCACCAGUGAGGAUCUCAGCCAGAAAUCCGUCUCCCACGGCAACCUCCGCAAGACUCUGUCCGCCAGCGCCAAGUUCUCCAUCACUCCGGCACGCCGGAAAUUUGCAGAUGCCAGCCGGUCCCCCGACCCCCCCUCCCCCGAGCCAGCCCCCGCCGCCGCCCCCCUGCCCAAACCGGGGAAGACCGUCCGCAUUGCGGAUGGCACGGAGGGGUGCGUGUUCGCCAAAGACCUGCCCUCCUUCCUGGUGCCCAGCCCCCCGCCGGGCUCGCCCAAACCCCGCGCCCUGUCCGAGACCCUGAGCCUGGGCAGGGAGGGGGGGGAGGGGGGGGAGGACAAGCCCUCACCGUUCGGCAUCAAACUGCGGCGGACCAACUUCUCUCUGCGUUUCCACGGCGACCAGCCCACGGAGAAGAGGAAGAAGCGCUACAGCGCCGGAGACAGCUUCGAGGGCGUCCCUGCCCCCCUGUCCCCCCCCGACCCCGCCCCCCUGCCCCCCCCCGACCCCGCCGACACCUCCGUGUUCCCCAGCCCCACAUCUCCGCUCCCCAUCCAAUCAGAGCACAGUGACAGGCUGCCUCCGUUUCAGAAACCAGGCGUCUGCCCGAAACCCCCCAGCGUCUCCCCACCCCCCUCUCCUCUCUUCAGAGGGGACCAGAAUGAGGGGGGGGGCACCCACCAGCCGCCCAGCCGACAGGAAGAGACGGAGCUUAAGGAGAAGAGGUCCUUCUUCCCGUCCAUCAACAUUCCCUGGAGGGAGAAAGGAGACAGGAGGGCAGAGCUCCGCCGCGAAAAGCCCUCGUUGCAGAGCAGGCACUCAUUGGACAGUGCCCGGGCGCAGGAGAAGGAGGCGGGGCCUCUGUGGAUCACGCUGGCGCUGCAGAAACAGAAAGGUUUCCGCGAGCAGCAGCUGAGCCGGGAGGAGCGGCGCCACAUGAGGGAGGUGAAGCUGGCGGAGAAACAGGCCAAGGACCGAGAGAGCAGCGCACUCACCAGUCCUACUGAAGCCCAGAGUGGCAGCUCCACACCCAAACUGCCCCCGGAGCAGAGGCCAGAUACACUGCUCACCAAGUUUGAGCGCAGAGAAAACCUGAAAAAGUCCAACACCCUGCCCACUUCAGUCACAGUCGAGAUUGCGGACUCCACCACCUCUCCCCCUGCAGUGAAAGAUGUGACCAAACGCUUCCCUUCCUCCGAUUCCCCGGCUGUGUGUACGGAGCCGGCCUGGCUUGCUCUGGCCAAACGCAAAGCCAAAGCCUGGAGCGACUGCCCCCAGAUCAUCAAGUGAAAUCCUCCCCCCCGAUAUUCCCCAAACACCCAUUCCAGAACGAUCUGCAGUCCUGUCCUCACUCUCUAUUAACUAUCUCUCAUGAGCAGUUCUACAGCCCCGCACUCACACAGCCAUGUUUUGUUCUACACUCUUAAACGGUCGAGUUUGGCUCGGUCCCUGCACAUAUGUAGCUUUGGCUGUUUCUGUACCCUCACUUGGUGCAGAGAGUUGAGAGAGAACAGAGUCCGAGUGUGCUGUAGGAUCAUGAUAAUUGGACUUUGUGAUAAUUGGAGUAAUUGGAUAAUUGG